AUGAGCUCCUCAGACGACGAUGCGCCGCUUGCCGGCACCAUGAAGGCAAAUGGGAGCGCUCAAAGGCCUCCGUUGUCCAGUCCUACCGUUCCUAAGUCUACCGGUCUGUCUACUCCCACUAACGGAGUGACUCAGCCUGGAAUCUCGAUACGCUAUGGUCCUGCAAAGGAUAAUGAGGUUGACAUGCAGGAUGCGGAUGUCAACGGGGUCGUGUCAGCAAAACGGAAAUCAAGAUCUAGCGCUAGUCGUCCUUCCUACGCAGAGGUGGAAAGCAGCGGAGAGGAUGAUAAACCAUUGAGCAAGCGUCGUCGAACUGCUACAAAAGUCGAAGCCUCUGACUCAGACGACGCGCCCUUGAUCUCCCACGCUGGAAAAGGAAAGAGAGCAUCCAUCAGAGCCGAAGAAACUAAGAGGCUUGUGGCUGAAAAGGCCGAUAUUGAGAAAAGUGCCGCAAAGGAAGCUCAGUCUCUCAGACAGCAGAAUCGCCAGGCUGCGGCCAAGAAGAAGGCUGCUGCUAAACCGGCGAAAGCAAAGACUGCCACUACGAACGGUAAAAAGCCUCAGACUAACGGUAUCAAAAAAUCAGAGUCCAGUGAUGAAGACGUUCCUCUCGCACGCAAGGCUCCGGCCAAGAAAGCAGGUGCUGCUGCGAAAACCACAACCGCUACACCGGCAAAAAAGGAAAAGCCUAGUGUAAAGAAAGAGGCCAGUGAGGAAGUCGAAGCUGAAGAGGAAGAAGCGGAAGAAGAGUACAGAUGGUGGGAAGACCCUUCCAAGGGCGAUGGAACCAUCAAGUGGACCACUUUGGAGCACAACGGAGUCGUCUUCCCACCGCCUUACGAACCACUUCCAAAAGACGUUAAAAUGAAAUAUGCUGGUGUCCCGAUAACCCUACACCCCGAUGCUGAAGAAGUGGCCUCACACUUUGGAACGAUGCUCAACUCUACCCACAAUGUUGAAAACCCCGUCUUCCAGAAGAACUUCUUCAAUGACUUCCAGGCAAUUAUCAAGAAGACUGGUGGAGCGAAGGACCCCCAAGGCAAGCCAGUGCAGGUCAAGGAGUUCGCCAAGUGUGAUUUCGUGCCAAUUUUCGAACACCACGAGAAAUUGCGCGCUCAGAAGAAGGCCAUGACUGCGGCGGAGAAGAAAGCAGCCAAGGCUGAAAAGGACGCCGCCGAAGCCCCAUAUAUGUACUGUAUGUGGGAUGGACGAAAGCAAAAGGUUGGUAACUUCCGUGUCGAACCUCCCGCUCUCUUCCGUGGCCGUGGAGAGCAUCCAAAGACCGGUACGGUGAAAACCCGUGUCCAGCCUGAACAAAUCACUAUAAACAUUGGCAAGGACGCACCUGUCCCAGCACCGCCUGAAGGCCAUCGCUGGAAAGAAGUUAGACAUGACCAAGAAGGCACAUGGCUGGCCAUGUGGCAAGAAAAUGUCAACGGAAACUACAAGUACGUGAUGCUGGCUGCCAACUCAGACGUCAAGGGUCAGAGUGACUACAAAAAGUUUGAGAAAGCUCGAGAGCUCAAGAAACACAUUGAUCGAAUCCGUAAAGACUACAAAAAGGGUCUUAAGGAUGAGCUCAUGGUCAACCGGCAACGAGCUACGGCUGUCUACCUCAUCGAUCAAUUUGCCCUUCGUGCUGGGAACGAGAAAGGUGAAGAUGAGGCGGACACCGUUGGCUGCUGCUCUCUCAAGUUUGAACAUGUUACAUUGAAACCACCAAACACUGUCGUUUUCGACUUCCUCGGAAAAGACAGCAUUAGGUAUUACGAUGAAGUUGAGGUUGACCCUCAAGUAUUUAAGAAUCUCAAGAUUUUCAAGAAAGCUCCAAAGAAAGAAGGUGAUGAAAUAUUCGAUCGGCUCACGACUUCAGCUCUCAACAAGCACCUAUCCAACUACAUGCCUGGACUUACUGCGAAAGUCUUCCGUACCUACAACGCCUCCUACACCAUGGCAACUCUCUUGAAGAAAAUGUCCGCAACCGGGACAAUCCCAGAGAAAGUUAAGCAGUAUAACGAUGCAAAUCGUGAGGUCGCCAUCCUUUGUAACCAUAAACGUACUGUUGCAGCUAGUCACGCCAACCAGAUGGAGAAACUCGGUGAUAGGAUCAAAGGACUACAGUACCAGAAAUGGCGGAUCAAGCAGAUGAUGCUCGAUAUUGAUUCCAAGAUAAAAAAGAAGAAGGGCGCAGCUUACUUUGAGCUAGAUGACGAUCUAGACAUGGAGUGGAUCAAGGAGCACCAGGCUUUCCUUGUAGAGGAGCUUCGCCAAAAGAUACGCAAGAAGUUCGACAAAGAGAACGAAAAGCGAGUUGCGGAUGGAGAAAAGGAGAUGAAAGCUAAAGAACUGGAAGAACGUCUCAAGGCUGCCGAUGAGCUUGAGGCAAAAUACAAGAAGGAGAACAAAACGAAAAAGGUGGAGGCUGAGGGCAGGGGUCCUACGGUCGAGAAGUUCGAAGGCCAAAUCAGCAAGAUUGACCAGCGUAUUGAGAAUAUGUUGCUUCAAGCCGAAGACAAGGAGAAUAACAAGGAAGUUGCCCUUGGCACAUCGAAGCUUAAUUACAUAGAUCCCCGCUUGACCGUGGUAUUCUCCAAAAAGUUCAACGUCCCAAUCGAGAAGUUCUUUUCGAAGACUAUGCGUGAGAAGUUUGACUGGGCAAUCAAGUCGGUAGACGAAGAUUGGGAGUUCUGA